CCGAGCGCCGGAAGCGGCGGCGCGCGGGGCGCCGUGGGAGCGUGAGCCGGGCAACAUGGCGGAGUCUGCAAAUGCCACCCAUGAAGUCAUCAAUGCCACCCUCCACACUCUGCUGGCUGCUACCACCAAGCUGGUGGCACCUACGGCUCCCAAGCCCAUCCUUCCUGUUCAGACUGGAGUCCAGGCACAGCAAGAGGAGCAGUCUAGUGGCAUGACGAUUUUUUUUAGUCUUCUUGUUAUAGCUAUUUGCAUCAUAUUGGUGCACUUACUGAUAGAAUACCGGCUUCAUUUCUUACCAGAGAGCGUGGCUGUUGUUUCCUUAGGUAUCCUUAUGGGAGCUUUCAUAAAAAUCAUAGAGGCUCAAAAGCUGGCCAACUGGAAGGAAGAAGAAAUGUUUCGUCCAAAUAUGUUUUUUCUGCUUUUGCUUCCACCUAUUAUAUUUGAAUCUGGAUAUUCACUGCACAAGGGUAAUUUUUUUCAGAACAUUGGUUCCAUCAUUCUGUUCUCAGUGUUUGGCACUGCAAUAUCAGCUUUCAUUGUAGGUGGAGGAAUCUACUUCCUGGGCCGGGCUGAUGUAAUUUAUAAACUCAACAUGACAGACAGCUUUGCAUUCGGCUCGUUAAUAUCUGCAGUUGACCCCGUGGCUACUAUUGCCAUUUUCAACGCCCUCAAUGUGGAUCCUGUGCUGAACAUGUUGGUUUUUGGAGAAAGUAUUCUCAACGAUGCAGUCUCAAUUGUCCUGACCAACACAGCAGAAGGUUUGACAAGGGAAAAUAUGUCAGAUGUAAGUGGAUGGCAAACCUUCCUACAGGCACUGGGCUACUUUCUCAAGAUGUUCUUUGGCUCUGCAGCACUUGGCACACUUACUGGUCUUAUUUCUGCAUUAGUACUAAAGCACAUUGAUUUGAGGAAGACACCUUCCCUAGAAUUUGGCAUGAUGAUUAUCUUUGCUUACCUUCCUUAUGGACUUGCAGAAGGGAUCUCACUCUCAGGUAUCAUGGCAAUCCUGUUCUCUGGCAUUGUGAUGUCUCACUACACACACCACAACCUGUCCCCGGUGACACAGAUCCUGAUGCAGCAGACACUCAGAACCGUGGCUUUCAUGUGUGAAACGUGUGUUUUUGCAUUUCUUGGCCUGUCAAUUUUUAGUUUUCCUCACAAGUUUGAAAUGUCCUUUGUCAUCUGGUGCAUAGUGCUGGUUCUCUUUGGUAGAGCAGUGAAUAUUUUUCCGCUUUCCUACCUACUCAACUUUUUCCGUGAUCAUAAAAUCACUCCCAAAAUGAUGUUCAUCAUGUGGUUUAGUGGAUUGCGUGGUGCCAUUCCCUAUGCCCUCAGCCUCCACCUGGGCCUGGAGCCCAUGGAGAAGCGGCAGCUGAUCGGCACCACGACCAUCAUCAUCGUGCUGUUCACCAUCCUGCUGCUGGGAGGGGGCACCAUGCCCCUCAUCAGGCUCGUGGACAUCGAGGACUCCAAACCGCGCAAGAGGAGCAAGAAGGACGUCAAUCUUAGCAAGACAGAGAAGAUGGGAAACACUGUAGAAUCUGAGCAUUUGUCAGAGCUCACAGAGGAGGAAUACGAAGCCCAGUACAUAAAACGCCAGAACCUCAAAGGGUUUAUGCGGCUUGAUGUGGAGUAUUUGAAUCCUUUCUUCACCAGAAGACUCACACAAGAAGACCUGCACGACGGACGCAUCCAGAUGAAGACCCUGACCAACAAGUGGUACGAGGAGGUGCGCCAGGGCCCCUCGGGCUCCGAGGACGACGAGCAGGAGCUGCUGCAGCAGAGCGGGGCCGGGGCACGCUGAGCGCGCGGCCUGCGCCGGAGCGGCCGAGCCAGGCCGAGCCGGGCCGCUCCAGGCCGAGCCCGGCCGCGCCAGGCCGAGCCAGGCCGAGCCAGGCCACGCCAGGCCGAGCCUGCACGCGCGCUCCCUGUCCAGGGGAAACCGCAGCUCUGCUGCCGCCGGUCAGGAGGGGAAACCCUCGAGGGUCAGACGCUGGGUGGGCUGAAGGGAGAACCUUUUGCUCAGGCUGCAAAUUCCAGGCAGCCCGUUGGAGAGCAGAACCCUCUGCCAUGAAAUGAUGACAUUGUUAACGAGGGUGGGCUUCUUCCCGUCCCAAAACCUGCUGCGACCACACGCUGCAGUGCAGGGCCCGUGUGCGGCUCUGCAAAACAACAAAUUGCACUUUACCUUUUAUAUAUGUAUAAAUAUAUUCAUUCACAGCAUGAAGAGUCCUGACAGUUUAUACUGUGAAUUUAUUUCAGCACUAGUAAGGGAAUCUGACUGGAAGAAACGUAUAAUUUAUGGAAUUUGCACAUUUUGAACCCAGAAAAGAUGCAUACCUUGACAAGAGCAAUGUUGUACAUACAGGGAAUCACCUCUGAAAAUGCAGUUUUGUCACUUAAGAAAUCCGUGAUUUCUGUUCUAUGGGAUUUUCUGGUUUUUAUAGUAAGGGAUCUGAUCCACAGUACUGAUUAUAGCAUGGUUUUGGGGAAAUGGGUUCUGUGACAGCACAGAGCUGCGUUUGAAAUUGUAGUUUCCUUUCUUUGGCUAAAGCCAGUUGCAGUUGGGUUUCUAUAAUUGGCAGUUGCUCCCUGCUGGCACUUCAGCUUCAAAUCUUAGAAAAGAGCAGCUUCAGUUUUGCCUAAUUUAUGAAGUGUCCCUAACACUCCAGAAUUCACCUGUGGAAUUUUUAAGCCUCAGUGGAAGCAAAAGCAGCACAUACAUCAGGAAAAAGAUCCUACAAAAUCUAAUCCAGGUACAGAAAGAUUAAUAUUGCACGUGGCUGAAGCAGCCUCUGCUGGGAAGUGCCAAACAGCUUCCAUUAAGCUGUCCCAUUUUUCUCUUCUGCUUACACUGCUUCAGAAUCUGUGUUAUCACUGCAUUUGUUCUCCAUGGCCCAGUGUUUGCUCAGCCUUGCCAACACCUGAACGUGUUUGUUGCACGUUUGCCAUGGUGACACAUGCAGCAGUUUGCUGCCAAAUUCCUCCUUGGUCGUUUGCAUAUCCACUGCCAGGAUGUGAAUUACAGUUCAGCACCCAAAUCUGACAGGCAAAUGCGCACGUUUGUUUCUGAAGAUGGGAGGCUUAGUUUUGGUCUGGUUUUGCUGCUGAGUUUUUUAAUCCACUGCUUACCUACCGAGAGAAUAAAAGUUCAAGAAUGUAUUCAGAA